GCAGCAAUCAAGCGAUCUCUGAAAGAUAAGGAGAGAGAAACAGAGACCCCAAGUGAUGAGAGCGAUGGAUUAUUGCCAUUAGGGCAUGUGUUGUGUGCUGUGCUUGCUUCUUUCUCUCUUAUUUAACCCCACCUCUUCUCAUUUUUCCCAUUCCUCAACCCUUCUUUCCUUUUGGCUCUCUCUCUUACUUUCUCUCUUUCCAUUUCCUCGGGAUCUGAUGAUCUCUCUCAUAUGUGCCUGGACAACAAGAAGACAAGUUCUCUUUUGUUCGAGACUUUUCAUCAUUACAGAAGAGUGACGAUAGCAAAAGCCAGCAAAAAGAAGAUUAAAAAGGUCGUGGUAUUAUAUUCCUGAGCUGAUAGUGAAGACACAUACGGGGUUUGGUUCGAUCCGGUCAUCAGAUCUGUUCAGUGUCUUGCAAAGUUGCUUGGGAAAAAUAUGAAUUCCUUUUCACAUGUUCCUCCAGGCUUCAGAUUUCAUCCCACAGAUGAAGAGCUUGUAGAUUACUAUCUAAGGAAAAAAGUCGCCUCAAAGAGAAUUGACUUGGAUGUUAUCAAAGAUGUUGAUCUCUACAAAAUUGAGCCCUGGGAUCUUCAAGAAUUGUGCAAAAUAGGGACUGAAGAGCAGAAUGAAUGGUACUUUUUUAGCCACAAAGACAAGAAGUAUCCGACUGGCACUCGCACUAAUCGGGCCACAAAAGCUGGAUUUUGGAAGGCGACAGGAAGAGAUAAAGCAAUUUACUUGAAGCAUAGCCUCAUUGGCAUGAGAAAAACCUUGGUUUUCUAUAAAGGGCGCGCCCCGAACGGACAAAAGUCUGACUGGAUCAUGCAUGAGUACCGGCUCGAGACUAACGAAAAUGGGACUCCUCAGGAGGAAGGAUGGGUUGUGUGUAGGGUUUUCAAGAAACGGAUGACCUCGAUGAGGAAGAUCGGCGAGUAUGAGUCACCAUGCUGGUAUGAUGACCAAGUCUCAUUCAUGUCGGAGCUCGAUUCCCCAAGGAGGAUUUCUCAGCCCUACCCGUCAUCCUACCACCACCAAUAUCCUUGCAAACAUGAGAUUGAGUUGCAAUACAACAUGCCGCCACAUGAUGCUUUCCUUCAACUGCCUCAGUUGGAAAGCCCUAAGGUCACUCAAUCAGCUCCAAAUAUCACUUGCAACUCGAUGAUGCCGUAUGCGUACGAUCGUAACAGUUGCAGCAAUUUCCAGUCGUCGAAUCUCACACAAGAGGAGCACAUUCAGCAGAUUCACCACCUAAACAUGAACUCGCUUUUUGGAAACAUCCCGAGCGAGCAAGUGGCCGACCAAGUGACUGAUUGGCGUGUUCUCGACAAGUUUGUUGCAUCUCAGCUCAGCCACGAUAAUGCCCUGAAGGAAAACCACUACUCCAAUUCAUCGACCAUCUAUCAUGUUGGCGAGCAAGUGAGUAUCGAUUCUAAGAGGCCUGAGGUCCCGCAGGAAUUCGCUUCGACAUCGACCUCCAGUUGCCAAAUCGAGCUGUGGAAGUGAAACAUUACUCUACAGAAGCUAGACAUACGAUACAUAUACUGAUCUUAGAAGGGGGCUACAUGCUGAAGGACAUCACAUAAUUUCUGUUCAUUGUACAUAAUAAAACUAAAAUGGUGUUGCCUGAAGCCUUUUAAUUAUAUAUGGCUAUAUGGGAAUGGGAAGGCUUUGUGUGCUGGACGACUAGCUAAAAAUCGAGGACACUGUGCUAAUUGGAAAUAAAUUAGCAUAUGUACGUAGAUGCAAGGUAUGACCGAGUUGUAUUGGGAAUGUCUCGGUGCAUUCUGAAUGUACUUAGCUUUUUUGCAUGAAAUAUCUUCAUGUGAACUCAGAAUGGAGUUUCUUGUUUUACCCCCUUAUAUCAUCUACUAUGUUCUUCUA